AUUUCUUCUUUCUGUUGCAGCGUAAAAAAGAAAAGAAACGGAAAGAAAAGGAGAAUGCUGUUAAAAAUAUUUUACCUGAGGAAGAGCAAGGGAAGUCAGACUCCUCAGAAAAUCAGGAAGAAAAUCCUGUUAUUGAAAAUAAUGCAGUGACAAAUGAAUCUCCUGAAUCUGGUAAAACCCAAAAUGGAACUGCGGCAGCUGCAUAUAAUGAGAGCAGUGAUAAUGAUAAAGAAGAACAUUUUGCAGAGGUGAAUAAAAAAGGAGAAGAUGGAGAGCAAAAGCAGGAUUUGGAUUUUGGAUUUGGAUUUUUCUCUUCUACAACAAAAUCGGUGCCUGAGGAGACGUGUAACCAGAGGCCUGCAAAAGAAAGGAAAAAGGAAAAAAAUAAAUUACUGAAAAAGUCCCUGGAGGAAAAGCCAAUGGUUGUAGAAAAACCUGAAAUUCAAAAGAAGGAAGAGAAACCUCAACCCAGUAAAGAGAAAACAAUGGACCCCGCUGCAGAAGAGUUGGCAAAAAGAAGCCGAGAGCUUGCUGGUAUGGGAAAUCGCUUGGCUGCCUCUGGACAGUAUGAGAUGGCCGUGAAGUGCUUUACUGACGCAAUUAAAUACAACCCAAAGGAAUUUAAGUUAUUUGGAAAUCGGUCCCUCUGUUAUGAAAGAAUGCAGCAGUAUGAAAAUGCUUUCAGAGACGCUGAUCUAGCUCUCUCCAUGGAGCCAAACUGGAUAAAAGGUUUAUUUAGGAAAGGAAAAGCUCUCUGUGGGCUCAAGAGAUACUACGAGGCCUCGCUGAUCUAUAAGGAGGUGUUGAUGCUGGAAAGUUCGAGCGCUGAAGCCACGCAAGAGCUGAAACGAGCACAGACGUUGCACCUAAUGGAAAUGGGAUUCACCUGGGCACAGAGCUCCGAGGCCUUGAAAACACACGCCACGUUAGAGGAAGCUGUUGAAGCUCUGUUUGGUGACGACGGUAAUCGGGGUCCUGGAGAUGCCUGUGCCGGCUGGGACAAUACAGACCAACCAGUGGUGCAGGAGGAAGACAACGAUGAGGGGGAGUGGAUUGUCCGACAAACAACUCGUCCUAGAACGCAGCCGGCCAAAGAGUUGGAUGCUUUGGGCCAAAGCAGAUCGAAUUCAAAGUCCCCGACGCCCCGUCCAAGGAAUUUUGUCAAACCUGAUCUUUUCCCCAUUUGGGUUGGAUCCUUGGCUCCUGCUGUCACCUACUCAACACUCCACGAGCUCUUCAGCAGAGCUGGGACGGUCUACAGCAUCAAGAUGCUGCUGGAACACCAGUGUGCCUUUGUGAACUACGCCAAAAAAGAAGACUGUGACAGAGCCAUCCAGUGUAUUAAUGGAAUGGUGGUAGAGGGCGCUCCACUCUCUGUGCGAUAUCCCAGUAAAAUCCCCGUUGGACUAGGUAUGUCCAGAGCGGCCACCAUUGACCCAUAUUCACGCCCCGGCCCGUACAAGAAGGAGUGCUUUUUCUGGAGGACCACCGGCUGCAUGAGGCAGGACUGCACCUACAGACACGUCCCAGAGCACAAGCACAUUGACAAGGACAAAUUCACCAGUAGACUGGGAAACGUGAACAUGUAGGAAAUCAAAAAAUUAUAAGCAUGCAUCGUUUCCUUUGACAUUUGACACCGUGCUUGUUCCAAACUGGGCUGCUUUUCAGUCGCCUCGGUUUCUUCUCGGUUUUGGUUCUUGUGAAGUUUUGGCGGCAAAAAAGACUAAUUGUGUUCAGAUUCGGUUGCGUGUUUUUUGGAAAUGUUUGCACCAUGAUGGCCAAUCAUUGUAAGAAUACAAAGGAAACCCCAAGCUACAUUAUAUUAAUAAUUUAUGUGCAUCAAGCUUUGAGCAUUCUUUUGCAAUAAGAGUUUGUCAGGGAUUAUGUGUGAUUAGCUAAUCUGUUUCAAGAUUGUGUUAAAACACGUGAUUUUUACUUAGUUGCUUUGCUAUUGUUUUAAAAUUGAUGUAACAGAUCUUUCUGUUUUUUUUGUUGUUUUUUUUUAAGUUACCAGCAGGUGGCACUGUUACCUUUUGUCCCUCAAAUUUGGCGCUACAAAGAAUUCUGCUUUCAUUUUAAGGCUGUGAUUGAUGAGCAGUAAUGCUAUUGGCACAUUGAAUGUGUUAUGUUUCAUUUUGAAAUUCUGCUCUGUAAUAUGAUUGCUGGGGCAUUGGCUUUGUUUAGAUCGGGUUGUGUUCAAUAGUUAUGUAUAUUAUGUAUUCUUUUUUUUAUUAUUAUAAUGUCAUGUCUGUUGGAGGAACGGUUUUAAGUGUAGUGAUGUUUGGACACAAACUGUCAUACAAAUAAGUGCCUUUUUAGUAGCACUGUGGCUGCAGGUUAUCAUGGGUCAGCCCCAGAGGGAAUUAAAGCCUCCACUUUGAAAGAGUGUUGAUGUCAUGCAAUACAUUGCUAUAUACAGUACAAGACCAAAGACUGGUGGAACAGUAUAGAUGGGCCUGGAUGACUCACUACAAAGAAUAAUAAAGUCAGCCCCCAUGAUAA